CGUUUUGAGACUUUCCCCAGCUGUCAAGCUCCAGAUGUUCCCAUGAGCUUCUCCCAGGCAGAUGAGCCACAAGAUCAUUGGGGUGAACACUCACCUGACAUUCAAGAGAAUGCAUUUUCUUUGCUGAGACCUUCAAGUUCCAAGCAAGAAAGAACACAGCACCGCCAGCUGGAAACUUGGGAAGAACACCCAUCUAUCACUCAAGAGAACAAAUUCUCUGCCUUAAGACUCUCUCAAGACCAAAGACCAUCAACCACACAACAAGGAAGAAUGCAAACUGUUCCAGUGAGCUUGUCCAAUGAAAAUGAGCAAGAAGAGGCUUGGGGUGAACACCCAUCUAACUUUCAAGAGAACACAAUCUCUGAACAAAGAUCCUCAAGUACUCACCAGCCAAGAACAAAUAGUGCUUCUGGUGUGAGACGAUGGAGCUGCAUCACUAAUCAAUGUACACCUGUUGAGAGGACAAUUCUGGAGGCACUUAAUGAACUGGACAUGAAGAUCAAUCAUCUGACUUCAGUGGUCCAGUCCCUUGCAGCAAACAACCGUUCCAGUGCUCCAGUGGUGGACAGCGAGGAUGAGGUCUUUCCUCUCACAACCAUGGAGGAACUAGACAAACUGGAAAGAAAAUUAUCAGAGAAAGCAAUGAUGCAAAAGAUGGUGAACAGCUUAUCCAUCAGUGGAGGACACACACUGAAGAAAACAAUAUGGAGAAUAUGCUCCAAGGUGUUUGGUCCUGUAGCCAAACAACUAAACUGGUGUGGUAGGGGAGAAAAGCGAGGGAUCAGGAAAACAAACAUAGGAGCACUCCUAAUAGGAGCAGCUAUGAAGAAUCCCGUGCUUCCGUCGCCAACUGAAGCAGAGGCUGAAAAACACAUUAAGGAUUAUCUCCGCUUGGCCCCAGGGAGAAUGCCUUGUUAGUCAACUUGAUUUUUUGUUGUUUGUUUGGUUGGUUCAGGAUUAAAAUAAUAAUAAUAAUAAUAAUAAUAAUAACAUAAACGACUGCUUAUUUUCAUUCACUGUUAAUAAAAGGAUACAAAUCAUUCAACAG